AUGGAGCAGCUUUUGCAGUUGUCAUGACGACGUGCUUCUAGCACUUUCUGGCACUGCACGUUGUGCUAGACCGUCGUAAACAACAAGAACCAUGCCGGCGUCAGAUGUUGAAAAGUUUGAUGGAAUAUUGCUUGGCUUGGCCCAACAACACGAAGGGGGAGUACAAGAGUUACUGGACACAAUUUUCAGCUUCCUAGCCAGGAAAACCGACUUCUAUAGUGGUGGUACACCAGGGGCAGCAAAAAAGAUGAUCCUGGAGAAGUUCUCACAGUACGAGCAGGUUGCUGCCGCGGAGAAAGCCGAGAAAGAGAAGAAAUCUCGAGAAGCAGAGGAACGGCGCCGGGCACGUGUAGCGGCCAAGCAAAAGGAGGAGUGCAAGGUGCAGGAGCUCACAGAUGAACAGGCGGAGGCAUUAGAGAAGGAAAUCAAAAGGGAAAACGAAGAAAAGGCAAGGAAAGAUGCAAAGAAAGAUAGUCAACAGAAUGAGGAAGAGGAGGAAGAAGAAGAGGACGAGCGGAACAAGGGAAAGCUGAAGCCCAACUCGGGCAACGGCUGCGACCUGGAAAAUUACCGCUGGACGCAGACACUGUCCGAAAUUGAACUUCGUGUGCCAGUUCCUAAUAACCUGAGGAUAAAAGCAAGAGAUGUUAUAGUGGACUUUGAAAAAACGCACCUCAAAGUUGGUUUGAAGGGCUUUGACCCAGUUAUAAAUGGAGACCUCUAUAAUGACAUUAAAGUUGAGGAAUGCUGCUGGAUCUUGGAGGACACUAAGACCAUUUUAGUCACUUUGGAAAAGAUCAACAAGAUGGAGUGGUGGAGCAGAUUAUUGUUAACGGAUCCAGAAAUCAACACACAGAAAGUGAAUCCUGAACCUUCUAAGCUUUCUGACCUAGAUGGUGAAACUCGUGGCAUGGUUGAAAAGAUGAUGUACGACCAGCGGCAACGCGAAAUGGGUCUUCCAACCUCAGAGGAGCAGAAGAAGCAGGACAUGCUCAAAAUGUUUAUGGAACAGCAUCCAGAAAUGGACUUUUCCAAAUGUAAAUUUUCAUAGUGUAUGUAUUUUAAACAUAAAAGAUUUCAUUUAUAAAA